AUGGCCCCAGAAGUGCCGAUGUUUUUGCCCAUGAUCUUGCUGUAUCGAUCACCCGGGAUGGCCACGAUGUGCAAACUGGCUUCUGCAAACAUUACCGUCUCUGUCCUGUCCAUGGCUUGGCUCCAACAGGCGCUUCGGUGGCCAUCUUGCAGCUCGAAAGUAAGGCUUCACAUCAUGGUGGAUACUGGCCUAAAUCGAGAAGGUUUGGCAGCCCAGGAGGUCGCUGAAGCGGCAACGAUUGUUUUGCAAAAGUGGCCCAGCUGGUCUCUGGAUGGCUUCUACACCCAUUGGUGCUGCGUGUACGACCCUGUUGAGAUGCAUCGUUCACUUGCAGUAUUUGAACAUGCGCUGGGACUUGUGCAGGAAGCCAGGAGCACUUUUGGAGAUGCUGGAAAUCAGCCACUAACAGUCCAUACUUCAAGCAGCUCAAGCAUUCUUUUUGGAGUGCACUACGAUCUGCUGAGAAUUGGUGGUUUGCUAUUUGGAGAUCCUGUGGCAAUUUCGGAUGGUGCCGGGGGGACAAUGCGCUUGCCCGGACCACAUCGAACGCUUCUGUGGAAAAGCAAGAUAACUACAAUGCGCUGGUCUGUGCCUGGAGAGCGCUUCUCCAGAUGCACAGCCAACUAUGGUUGUGAACGCGGACCAGUUUUCGAAAAACGAAUGUUGCUGGGGACUAUUCCGGUAGGUGCGUAUGAGUUCAGCGAUUCCAAUAUCGUGAGUAGUCACUUUCGAGAGAAGCUGAAUUUGAUCGAGAAGUCCACGGAUGCCAUCUUGGUAGAAAUUCCUAGUACUUCGCGAAGCUUUCACCAAGCAUUUGAAGGUAUGGAGGUGCUCCUAUGCGCUGAAAGCUGUGUGCAGGGGCUGUUCAAUGUUCCAGAGCAUGUGCCACGAAUACUCGUGCAAGAUCCGACCGGGCCACAGUACGCCCCAUCUGGAGAUAACUUCUACCCCGUUGAGUUGAACGGGGCCAUCUUCGACUCCUUCAAUCUGCGGGUUGUCUUCGAAAGGGACAAGACGGGCUUUGAAGAGAGCAAGGAAUUUCCAAUCCGCACAAACACGGUGGUUGCUGCGAGGUAUCAGAUCAUUGAAUAUCUCGGUUCCGCCGCGUUUUCUCGAGCUGUGCAGUGUUUGGACUUGGACACUAACAAGAUGGUUUGCAUGAAGAUCAUCAAGAAUGACAAGGACUUUUUUGAUCAAUCACUGGACGAAAUCAAGCUCUUGAAGUACAUCAAUGUAAAUGGCAACGUUGAUCACAACCAUGUUUUGCGCCUCUAUGACCACUUCUAUCACAAGGAGCAUUUGAUUAUUGUGACCGAACUGCUCCGCGACAAUUUGUAUGAAUUUAGCAAAUACAACAGAGAAUGUGGCGACGAACCUUAUUUUACUAUGGGUCGCCUACAAAAGAUCUCAAAGCAGAUUUUGACCGCUCUGGAGUACGUUCAUUCUUUGCGACUCAUACAUUGUGACCUAAAGCCAGAGAACAUUUUGAUCAAGUCGUACAGCAGGUGUGAGGUCAAGGUCAUAGACUUUGGCUCUUCUUGCUUCGUGGACGACCACCUCUCUUCGUACGUGCAAUCAAGGUCAUACCGUGCACCGGAGGUGAUGCUGGGUCUUCCGUACGACCAGAAGAUUGACCUUUGGUCCUUGGGCUGUAUCAUUGCAGAACUUUGGACGGGCAGUUGUACCAAGAAAUUGAGGGGCAGCCUUGCCCAGAACGCGGACGUGCCAAAGAAGACGUCACUUCGCCAGCGCAUGCGCAUCAUUCUCAAUGCUGGAUCCAGCAAAGAGACCAGAAUCCCGGACUUCACAGAGGAUGCAGAGAUGCUGUCGUGGGCCGGAGUUGGACUUGGCCAGGCCGAAUCGUUCCAGGUCAUGUGCUCUUUGCGGAAUCUGGCUGCAAAGGAAAAAGAUGGCCUGAACAAGCUGAGAUUCUGGGGCAAGGUUCUGGGAACAGAGGCGGACUACUAUGUUGCGGAGGCACAGCGAGAUGGUGGCGGAGAUGAGCCAGACCCUGACGCAGAUCAACCUGGUCAGGGUGCAAACCAAUUCACGUACUAUGUGACCAACGAUUUGGCGGGAGAGUGGCGCAAACUUCCAGACAUAAAGCCAAAUCAGAUCGUUGCAGCGCGGGCGAUCAAGAGGCUGCUGACAGGAAAUGCAGGAUCCAAGGUAAUUACACAUCCUUUCUUUGAUGGGAAAGAAGAGGUGUACCUCCGAGCACAGAUUGCCCGGAUCGCUGCAGACACGGUCCUUUGCCCAAAGGGCUUCUUGAAGAAGGAGGAUGAGGAGUCGCCAGUUGAGCAGAACGAGGAGUUCGUUUGCCCGCCUUCAUCCGAACUCCAGAAGAAGGAGGCAUGGACCCACAUGCAGCCGCAUCUCUUGCUUAGUGGGCGUACUGUCCACCCAGAGAUUCCGGAGGGUGACACACCCGAAGAAAUUGCAUUGGCUGACAAGAUGAGGGAGGAACAAGCGGCGGACCCAGUUCCAGAGAUCAUUCGUGGCCUACAUGAAGAUCACUUGCAGUGGAGCAUCAAGCAGGCCGGUGAUCCAACGAUGUACCGGUCUGUACCAGAUCCGGCUGCUCCUUUGAGGUCAAGCGCCGUUGUAUACGUCCGUUCACUUUCUUGGCCUGGUGCGGUCUGUGCCAUCCGCAAUGGGCAGUUUGUGAAUAUUUAUGUCGGUUAUGGUCUCGGAGCCGUGAGCAGCAACUUCUUUCCCAUGGCACCUCCAGAUGUCCAAGACGAGCCAGAGGACCCCGGAGAGGUUGAGGAGCCGCAGGGUUCUUUGGAAGAACCGCCGGCUCCAGAGGAGUGA